CACAAUGAAUGGAAAAAGUUUAUUUUUGUUGGGAAAAAAAGGGGGAUAUAAUUGUAAAGUGGAACCUAUUUGUAAGUGAGUCUCAAACUCAUAGUGGUACAAAUGCGGUAUGCAUAGUUUUAUCCAACUAUAAUUCCAUGUAUAUUUACAUAUGCAGGUGUUUUCAUGGGUCCCGGACUAUUGUUGCUACUCGUGGGUGCAUGGUAUGCAUACAAAGUCAUAAAAAAACGGAAAAACAUUAAACGCAAGGAAAAGUUUUUCAAACGAAACGGUGGUUUAUUGUUACAACAACAAUUAUCAUCAGGUGAAGUCAAUGUUGAGAAAAUCAAGUUGUUCAAAUCAGAGGAGUUGGAGAAGUCCACUGACAACUUCAACAUUGAUAGAAUUCUUGGCCAAGGAGGCCAAGGUACCGUCUACAAAGGAAUGUUCGCAGAUGGAAGAAUCAUUGCGGUAAAGAAGUCUAAGAUAUUGAAUGAAGGCCAACUUUCAGAAUUCAUCAAUGAGGUUGUGAUUCUUUCACAAAUAAAUCACAGAAAUGUGGUUCAAUUAUUAGGUUGUUGUUUAGAGACUGAAGUUCCACUCUUGGUUUACGAAUUCAUACCGAAUGGAACCCUUUCCCACUAUAUUCAUGAGCAGAAUGAAGACUUUCCACUUACAUGGAAAAUACGGUUACGAAUUGCCACAGAAAUUGCAGGAGCUCUAUCUUACUUGCAUGGUGCAGCUUCCUUUCCUAUUUAUCAUAGAGACAUCAAGUCUACCAACAUACUCUUAGAUGAUAAAUACAGAGCAAAAGUUGCUGACUUUGGCACUUCAAGAUCAAUUGUGAUCGGCCAGACUCACUUGACCACAGCUGUACAUGGUACAUUUGGUUACUUGGACCCGGAAUACUUUCAAUCAAGCCAAUUUACAGAGAAAAGUGACGUCUAUAGUUUCGGAGUUGUCCUUGUUGAGCUCUUGACUGGUCUACAACCAGUUUCUGCAGUAACAGGGUCAGAAGGAAAUGAAUACAAAGGUCUUGCCACUUAUUUCAUUACUUCGAUGCAAGAAGAUCGUCUAUUUGGCAUUCUUGAUGCUGGGGUUGUGAUGGAGGGCUCCCAAACAGAUAUCAUAACUUUUGCUAACCUUGCAAUGAGAUGCUUGAAUAUGAAUGGAAGGAAUCGCCCCACAAUGAGAGAGGUCGCAACGGAGUUGGAGGCCAUUCAAAUGUUGAUUGAAAACACUUGUAAUGUUCCACAGAAUUACAACGGGUUUGAAUCUGCUCUAAGUGACAUAAAUGAGCACUGGGAUGCUGUUUCAAGUUCAACAGAGUCAGCCUCGAAUGUUAGUCCCAGUUCACCAUUAGACGAGUUUCCACUAUCAUCUUCUGUGACAUGGUAAACAAGUUAAUUAAAAACACUUCUUGUAAUCCAUGUUUAAUUUGAUGCUGUACAACAUUAUAUGUUGUUUGGGAUUAUGAUAUGUUCUGUAAGGUAGGCAUGCUACUAUCAGUAAUAAUGAGCAAGCAUACUACUAUCAAUAAUCUGAAUAAUGAGAGUAAAUUAGUGGAAAGGACAGAGUAUUUGUUGAUUACAACCAUGUAUUCCUUGUUGAGCAAAAUGAUUUCUGGGUAAUUUAUGAAACUUCAGUCCUAUGCAGGGAGGGAGACAGAGGAAUUUGUAUGAAGAGACCCUCUGUUGUGUUUCUUAUGGAGACCAAGUUAAAACACAACAGGGAACUGUGUUUAUGUAUUGCCACAGAAAUUGUAGGAGCUCUUUCCUCUCCUGUUUUUUACAAAGACAUUAACUCAACAAACAUACUUUUAGAUAAAAACUACAUUU